CGCGCAAAUUAAACACUCCGUCUUUCCUGGAAAGCUGCAUGGAGCUGUAGAGCUAUAAAUAGUUACUUCCUCUUCUUGAACUGUCAGUCCCCCUCACCGCCAGAGGAAUGGAGCCAGUCGAAGGCCCCGACGUCGAAUCCGAAAAGAGCAUUUCCUUGGAAGACAACGUCAGCGGCCAACCGGCGCCGGAGGAAGCUGCGACGGCGACAGUUCUAUAUGUUGCAACGAGCACUCAGGAUCAAGAAACUGAGGAGGAUGAAGAAGAAGAAGAAGAAGAAGAGACACCGUCCGCGUUAGGCAAACCAAGGAAAACUGGGCUUCAUAUCUUCUUUCUAGAUUUAAGGAGUGUGUUCAAGCUGGAUGAUCUUGGAUCAGAGAUUCUGCGCAUUGCAGUCCCUGCAGCAUUGGCUUUGGCGGCUGAUCCACUUGCUUCUCUAGUGGACACUGCGUUCAUUGGCCGAUUAGGUUCUGUUGAGAUUGCUGCGGUAGGAGUGUCUAUAGCCAUCUUCAACCAGGCGUCCAAGAUCUGCAUCUACCCUCUCAUCAGUGUGACGACCUCGUUCGUAGCAGAGGAAGAUGCCAUCAUGAGUAAAAGCAUGGAGGAACGGAAGGUCCAAGAUCCGGAAAAGGCUUCUCCCGGAUCAGAUACUAAGCCGCCUCCUGUUGCAGAUUCAGAGAACGCAGGGAGCAGCAGCACAUCGCAUGCUGCUGCUUCUGCUUGCAAAAGAUAUGGAAAGAAGAAGAAAUACAUUCCAUCAGUCACCUCGGCAUUGAUCGUUGGAGGAGUGCUCGGUCUUUUCCAAGCCAUCUUCCUCAUUUUUGCAGCAAAAUUGGUGCUGAGGAUCAUGGGUGUAAAACCUGGGUCUCCUAUGCUGUCUCCUGCUCUGAGGUACUUGACACUGAGGUCACUCGGUGCUCCUGCUGUGCUCUUAUCUUUGGCAAUGCAAGGUGUUUUCCGGGGAUUCAAGGACACAAAAAUUCCUCUUUAUGCGACUGUUGCGGGGGAUGCUGCAAACAUCAUCCUCGAUCCGAUUUUGAUGUUUGUUUUCCAUAUGAACGUCAGUGGUGCAGCCAUUGCCCAUGUUAUUUCUCAGUACCUCAUAACCCUGAUACUGCUUUGUAGACUAGUGCAGAAGGUUGAUGUUGUGCCACCGAGUGUCAAUGCCCUCAAGUUUAGUCGUUUUCUCAGAUGUGGUUUUCUGCUUCUUGCAAGAGUAAUAGCAGUAACAUUCUGCGUCACACUCGCUGCAUCCCUGGCUGCACGCCAAGGACCAACUCCAAUGGCCGCCUUCCAGAUUUGCUUGCAGCUUUGGCUGUCGACGUCUCUGCUCGCCGAUGGAUUGGCUGUUGCCGGGCAGGCAAUACUAGCCACUUCAUUCACGAAGUCAGAUCAUCACAAAGUUGUUUUUGCGACAGCUCGUGUAUUGCAGCACAGUGUAGUGUUGGGGUUAGCUCUCUCGCUAGUGCUUGGAGUAGGGAUACGAUUCGGUUCAGGAAUAUUUACCAAAGAUAUCGAAGUGCAGAAACUGAUCCACAAAGCUAUUCCAUUUGUUGCUGGAACACAAACAAUCAACUCGGUGGCCUUUGUAUUCGAUGGCAUCAAUUUUGGAGCCUCUGAUUACACAUUUGCAGCUUAUUCUAUGGUUGGUGUGGCUGCUGUUAGUAUUCCCUCUCUGAUAUACCUUGCUCCAGCUCAUGGGUUCAUGGGAAUCUGGAUAGCACUAUCCAUCUACAUGGCCAUCAGGAUGCUUGCAUCUACCUGGAGGAUGGGAGCAGCAAGGGGGCCAUGGGAGUUUCUGAGGAGAUGAUUUUCUUGAUAACGUGACUUUUGUUUGAGCAUUUACUUUCCCUGUUAGAGAACAGUUGUAUAAUAAAUAAAAUAAUAGAUAUGCUUUAGUUUUUAUAA